GUGUUUGAGAGGUUAGUAAUUGUUGUCAUUUUCAAUUUUCAAACUAAAAAAAAGAAAAAGGAAAAGAAACAAACAAAAUUCAGCAAAAUUGAAUACAGCAAGUAGCUAAAUAUGGGAGUUCCAGCAUUUUUUCGCUGGCUUAGUCGAAAAUACCCUUCAAUAGUUGUUCAUUGCAUUGAAGAAAAGCCAAAAAUUGUUGGAGGUGUCAAAAUUCCUGUUGAUUCAUCUCAACCAAAUCCAAAUGAUGUUGAUUUUGAUAACCUGUAUUUAGACAUGAAUGGCAUAAUUCAUCCAUGCUGUCAUCCUGAGAACAAACCUGCCCCUAAGGAUGAAGAAGAAAUGAUGGUCGCAAUAUUUGAGUACAUAGACAGAAUAUUUAGUAUAGUUAGACCUCGGCGACUUCUUUACAUGGCAAUUGAUGGAGUGGCACCAAGAGCUAAGAUGAAUCAACAACGAUCUCGAAGAUUUCGAGCCUCAAAAGAAACCGUUGAAAAGGUUGAAUUGAUCACUCAACUGCGAGAAGAAUUACAAGCUAAAGGUGUGAAAUUACCUCCAGAGAAGCCUAAAGAAGAGCAUUUUGAUAGCAACUGUAUCACUCCAGGUACUCCAUUCAUGGCAAGAUUAGCAAAAUGCCUUCAUUAUUAUAUACAUGAUAGAUUAAAUAAUGAUCCAGGAUGGCGUAAUAUUGAGGUAAUUUUAUCAGAUGCAAAUGUUCCUGGAGAAGGAGAGCAUAAAAUUAUGGAUUUUAUCAGAAGGCAGAGAUCAAAUCCUGAUCAUGAUCCUAACACACGUCACUGUUUAUGUGGAGCAGAUGCUGACUUGAUAAUGCUUGGAUUAGCCACUCAUGAACCUAAUUUCACAAUUAUUCGUGAAGAGUUUAAACCAAAUCAACCAAGACCUUGUGAGCUGUGUGGCCAAUUGGGUCAUGAAAUGAAAGAAUGUACUGGAGCUGCGAAGGAGAAGCAAGGAGAGUUUGAUGAGUUAAGCAAACCUUUAGAAAAUGAUGUGGAGUUUAUAUUCAUUAGACUCAAUGUUCUGCGAGAAUAUUUAGCCAAGGAAUUGACUAUGGAAAAUUUACCCUUUCCAUUUGACUUAGAGCGAGUUAUAGAUGAUUGGGUGUUCAUGUGUUUUUUUGUUGGAAAUGAUUUUCUUCCUCACUUACCUUCGCUUGAAAUAAGAGAAGGAGCCAUUGAUCGAUUGGUGGAAUUAUAUAAAAAAGCUGUCUAUAAAACUGGAGGCUAUGUUACAGAUAGCGGCCAAGUAGAAUUAAGUCGAGUUCAGCUAAUCAUGACUGAUUUAGGAGAAGUAGAAGAUGAAAUUUUUAAAAGAAGGCAAGAAACAGAAUUGGCUUUUAGAGCUCGUCAAAAAGAUCGAAAAAAGAGAAUGAAGAUGAGUAAUAAUCGACCUGCUUGGACACCAGGAGGGCAGUUCAGUCCUAUGUCUGCAUCAAGUACACCGUCACCUGUUCGAAAUGCUCGACAGGAGGCAUAUCAGAUGAGGAUGCAAAGCACUUCAUCAGCAUCAAAUUCUCCUAAUAAUUCAAGAGAGAAGUUAGAAUCAAUGAUGACACCAGAAUCUUCCCCAUCAAAUACCCAGGUUGGUGAAAAGAGAAAAAGAGAAGAUGAAGAUUCAGAUGAUGAACCUGAACCUGAAGAUGAUGUGAGGUUAUGGGAAGAUGGAUGGAAAGAUCGUUAUUAUGAAGUGAAAUUCAGAGUUGACAAGAGUGAUCAUCAAUUUAGAUAUAAAGUGGCUGCUGCUUAUGUGGAAGGACUCUGUUGGGUACUGAGAUAUUAUUAUCAGGGCUGUGCUUCUUGGAAUUGGUAUUUCCCAUAUCAUUAUGCUCCAUUUGCAUCAGACUUCAUCAAUAUAGGUGAUAUUAAUAUCAAUUUUGAAAAGGGAAAGCCGUUCAAGCCUCUUGAGCAACUGAUGGCUGUAUUUCCAGCUGCUAGUAAGCAACAUGUUCCAGAACCUUGGGGUGACCUUAUGAGUGAUCCAGAUUCUUCAAUAAUAGACUUUUAUCCCACCGACUUCAAAGUUGAUCUGAAUGGCAAAAAAUAUGCUUGGCAAGGUGUUGCUUUGUUGCCAUUUGUGGAUGAAAGGCGAUUGCUUAAAGCUUUAGAAGGUGUAUAUUCUAAAUUAACUCCUGAAGAAAUAAAAAGGAACGUUCGUGGAAAUGAUAGAUUGUAUGUUCGUCAAGGGCAUAAAGGAUAUGAUUUUCUAGUAGCUUUAUAUGAAUCUGGAUCAAAUUGGAAACUGGAAAUAAACUUGAGCUCUAAACUUUUUUCUGGGAUGGGUGGAACAGUCAUUUUGUCUCAAGAUGUUAUCAACCCAAAAGAAGUAGUUAAAAGUCCACUUGGAGCUUUGCCAGAUUUACCAGGAAAUGCUGCUGUAUGUAUAAGCUUUAUGGAUCCACAGUACCCUGAAGAUUUCCUCUUUCCUGCUGCGAGACUAGAAAAUGCUGUUGAUCCUCCAAAAGUUUUAAAGCCUGGUCAAAUGCCAAUACCAGACUACAGAAACCGAAACAACUUCAGAAGGCCCCAAGUGGGAAUGUCUCCUUACAAUAAAAGAGUUUCUUUAGCUGAUGGAGGCCAUAGAAUGAUAAACCACAAUUUGCCUGACAGGUAUGGUAAUGUGCCGCCUCCAAAUAGCUAUGGUGGUCGUGGUCGUUACACUCCGAGAGGAUCUUCACCGUAUUCAUCUAGUUUUCCUCCAGCAUCAGGUGGCUCUCCUCAGUUUGGGCGUGGUGGAUAUGACAGAUCUAAUGCACAAGACCGUGGCAGUAGUUAUGGACCCAACAGAGAUUCACGGAACUACUAUGGCAGCAGCAGGAAUUCGCCAUCAAAUUACAACGAACGAGAUCGUUCAAGCUAUGGUGGCGGCCGAAAUCCUCCAACUCCUUACGGUAGCUCACAGGGUUCUGGAAGUGAUUACGGAAGACAAAGCAGCCGUCCCGAUUACGAUGGCGGCCGUAAUCCACCAACUGCUUACGGCAGUUCACAGGGUUCUUGGAGUAGUUACGGAAAGCCAAGCAGUCGUCCCGAUUACGAUGUAGGCCGAAAUCCUUCUACUGGUUACAGCAGCUCACCGAGUUCUGGAAGUGAUUACGGAAGACAAAGUAGUUACGGUGGCGGAGGUGGUCGAAGUUAUGACAGCCGUGGUCAGCAAAGUGGUCAAGAAAGUUGGCGCCAUCCAGCUUCGCAGAUGAAUUUUGCACAAGAUAGUAGACAAGUGCCUGACGCUAAUUCUGGUGGACAAUGGGGCUACUCGAGUAGGAGUGCUGGGAGUGUUACUGCGGGCACUUGGGCACCUAUGACUGCAAGUCAAAGUGUUAAUGCACCACGUGAUAUGUUACCAACCGGACAAAGGAGCGACUUCAGGCCUCCAAGAAGCUUACCUUCAAAUGGAAGCCAUGGUCCACUUCCUCCGUAUGGGCAGUACUGAAUCGGAUGUCAUUUCAUCAAGUCACUUUAAAAUGAACAUAGCUUCAUUUUUUUCGUCAUACAGAAACUUUAAAUGAAUUAAAAUGGACGAAUAUUUCGUUUCCAUUUUACCUUUUUAAUGAAUUGAAUUAUUUAUAAUUUUUGUCACUUUGGUAUUUAAAAAAAAUACUUUUUUUAUAAAAACGACAUUAUUUCAAAUAAGAUUGUCACAUUAAUCUGUAAAAUAUAGAACAUCAUUUUCUUUAAUAAAAUGACGAAUGG